CCACCUUCAUUAUUUGUUCUUAGAUGUACAGAAGCAAGAAGACUGAUGACCCAAAUCAAGGAAAUCAAGGAUUUUCGUUUGAACACGGAGCUGGUUACACUUACAACCUUGGCCAACUUCCAAUGCUACAAAGUUUUGACCAAAGGCCUUCUACUAGUUUAGGAUACGGUGGCGGUUCAUGGACGGACCAUAGACGCCAGGUCUACCGUAGCCCUUGGAGAGGCUUAACAGCACGAGACAGUACAAGAACAAGACCCACACUGUUUAGCUCACAGUCUGGCGAGAGAUUUCGUGAAGUUAGUAAUAGUAUUCUUGAUGAUACGAAUAAAACUAUUUCGUUUCGAAUCAAUUCUCAUGAAGCUGCUAGAGCGAGCAAUGGAGUAGGUGAAUCAGUUCCAAGUAUUCAUAGAAGCUUUCUUGAAGGUAUGAAAACGUUAAAUAAAUCAUGGGGACAAAGCCUCUCCUCCAAUCCUAAUUCUUCGACCGCAUCAGGGCCACAAGAUCAUAUUGAUACCAUAUUAAGUUCUAAUCAAAGGGAAAAUCCUAGAGUGGCAGAAGAAACGGAGAAUGUUUUGAAAAGGAAAAAGUUGUUACUGUCAGAUGAUUGCAAUAAGUCGGUCCAAGAUUUGGAUCUAAGCUUGUCCCUUAAGGUACAUCGGACUCACAACAACCUUGGAGACUGCUUGUUAGAAGAUGAAGAAAAAGAACUUGACGAUCAUGAGGAUAUCAAGGGUUUGUCUCUGUCAUUAUCUUCGUCGAGUUCAUCAAAACUCGGUCGAGACUUUAGGAAAGAAGUUCAAAAUGAUCCUAAAAAGAGAAAGAUUUCGGUCUUGGCACGUCCCCUUGAUCUCACUUUAUGAAUAUAUAAUAAGAUAUAUAUACGUAUAUUCUAAGUGAGAUCUUGAGGUACUUGUUGAUGGAAGACGGUUCUUUGUUGUUUAUCAUUCGUUGCAUACUUGUGACAAGACCCAUAACUAAGGUAAUAAUAGAUACAUUUUUAAAACGCUGUUCUGGUAUUUUUUCCCAUAUAAUUUUUUCGAGAUGUUAAAUGCUUAUUUAAAUAUAAAUGUUUGUGAUCGAGUUGUGAACAGAGAUUCGUUUUAUCCUGAAUAGUAACCAAUAAAAAUGAUUAGUGAGUCUAUAUGGUUUUGAGAGUUACAAGACAUUGCACGUUGUCUUGGUUGUGUCUUGUUGUGAGACGUUGCAAAUGUAUGCAUAGUUUCCGCUUUCACUCACUCUCACACAAGUAUCCUAAGCCAAUAUUUUUUCCCCUAGCAUGGAAAUCUUGUCAGUAAAUUUAUGCAAUAACGUUAAGCCAGUGAAGGUUAUAUAUGCAAUCGUACAUGCUUGGGUUGAUCUCGAUAACCUUUUCCUGUCUUAUUUGACACAAAAUAAAACUUUUCCUGUCUCUAUCUUAUGAAAUGCUCACUUGCAGGUACCCAUGUCAACAUAAAUUAUGUUAAAUUACAUCGUGUUUUGACAUCUAACGGCAAACUAACCGUUGUCAACUUUUCAAAAUCAAUUCUCAAUUUAAGUGAUCUUAAUAUAGUUGUAGAUGAUGUAACAAAUCAAAUUGCGCUAGGUAUGGCUGAGACAUUAGAAUAAUACUUAUCAUUUGUAAUAUACUUAACCCCAACUAAAACCAUCAAUUUUUCUUCCCAUUCCACUCUUUUAGUAUAUUGUCCUGACAAUACUCACUCCUUUUUUAUAUAUAUUUUUUUUGGUAAUCCCACUCCUUUUAUAUUACAACGGAAGUUCUUUGAAUAUUUGUUUCUUCUCUCAUAUCACUUUGUUUAAAAAAAAAUAAAAGAGAAAGACAAGAAGACAGAUGUACUUGCCAUAGAUAUAUGUCUUCACUCUUGAUCUCCUCGAUAGACAACAGAAAUGUUUGUUAUUCGCAUAUACUAGUUUUCUUAUCAUCUAGGGUCUUGAAAACAAUAUUUGACUAUAUUGUAUUAUAUACUAGGAUCGGUCCGCGAUACACGUGGAAUUUUACUUUUGUUAGUUUCAUUAUGUUCAAAUUAUUUUUUGUGUUAAGACUUAAGUUAUACAAUCAUUGUUACUCAUUAUUUAUGUGAAAUCUUUGUUUAUAUAAAAUAUUAUGAUAUUCAAUGUCAUAUUCGUUGUUGAUUAAAUUUUUAUAUACGAUUUUUUGAAUGAAGUAGUGUAAAUCUUCAUUUAUUUAAGAUAUAUGGAUAUUAAAUGUCAAAGACACCAUUGACAAAAUUUCUAUAUAUGAUAGUUACAAUUGUUUGAAUAGAGCAAUGUUACAUAUUAAUUUUUCUAAAUUAAUUUUUGAAGUAUACUUAAAUUGAUUAUGUAAUAAUUGUUACUUGUACUUUUCUAUAAUUUCCACACAAAAAUAUGUGAUUCACUCUUUUUAUGCAUGAUUUUUAAUAAAAUGUGAAAAUAUCAUAAAUUAUUUUUAAUGAAAUUUUCUAUUUAUUUUUGAAACUUAUAUAUUUUAAAUUAUAGCAUAUAUUUUAUAAAAUUAUUUAUUUUGACAAAAUUUUCAUCAAUCUUAAGUUUUGUGAUGCAUUGUAACUCAGUAGUUCAAAAACACUGAGCUAUACUUUAGAGCAUUAUGUAUAGCAACUCAAACUGUAUUGUUUUAUUAUAUUAUAUAUUUUUUUCAAACUAUUUUUUUCACUUUUUCAUUAUGUAUUAACUUUCGGUUAUAAUUUUUCAUUAUUAUUUUAUUAAUUCUCUCAAUUUAUCUCGGUGAACAUAAAAUGAAAUAAAAUUCGGUGAGUUAGUAAUUUUUAUUUCUAUUGGCCAGAUGAAAAGAGAAAAAUGAUAAUGUAAAUUGAUUUCUCUUUUUUUGUUCUUAUUAAUUUGCUCUUUUUAUUCAUAAAAUUUAUAUAUUUUUGGAUUAUUGUAUGUAUUUUCAAUUAAUUUAGAUGCUGACUAAAUUUUAGUUAAAUUCAACUUAAUUUAACUAAAUUUUCAUUUUUUGUUUGUUAUGUUUUGUAUGUUUUUGUUUUCAAAUUUAUUAUGCUUAGGUUCUUGAGAGAAGAAUACGGUGAACCCUAGCAGUCGAUCGUUGCUCUCUGAAAGAAUAAGUCUGCCAUUAACAGACUGGGCUUAGAUUUUGGAGUGGCGGAGAACAAAGAGGGAUGAAACCUAAAAUCAGAUGAAUUGAAAGGAUUAGGUUUCUAGCUAUCGGGCUUGGUUCAUUGAACAACAAAUGAAGCUCAAAAACCAUACGAAGCCCAAUUAUAUCGGAGCAGGCAAUUAAUGAUAUGCAGCGUAUUUAGGGAAGAGACACGUGUCGUCUGAUAGAGAGCUGACUUAUUUAGGUGUCCGCCUACGUGACUUCACCAGGAAUAGACAAACUCUACUUUGUAAUAAUAGAUUUGAGAAUAUUUACAUUUUUGUGAGGGAAUCAAAAAUCUACAAAAGGUUUUUGUUGUUCUGUGUCUACUUGUGUUGUUUGUAUAAUUUUCUUCCCAAUCCUUAAUAUUUUGGACAGUAUAUAUAAGUCAAAUAUUUAUGUAAGGUGAAAGAUCCUUUUGUUGUUAAUAUUUGACAUAUCGUAGCAUUUUUACAAUACAUAUUUUUCUUCAUUUUCCAUUACCUAAAUGCCAUAUCGAAU